GUUGCUGAGGAAUAUUGAAUCGCCUAUUAAGUACAAAAUCAGACCCAGCGAAAUGUGUUCCUGGAUGUUGGUGGAGACGUUCAUGGGAAAAUAGUACACUUUCCUGAUAUUCGCUGUUAAUACCAAGCGAGCCCCGGUAUAUGUGUUCUUGGUGUGCCUUACAAAAUCGUAGACCAUGAUGGAGCGAAGAAAAGCCUUAACUAUUCCAUUUAGUGUUAACAAGGAUAACUUGAUGGAAAACCCACUCAAAAUCCCCAUGACAGGUCUUUCAUCAGAAUGUGGGAAGUUAGACAGACAGGUUUCCUGGACUGCAUUUGCAGGUUGCAAACUCAGACAUCAUGAUUCAAAGCCUAAAAAUGGAUCUGUGAUUGACCACAAACAUGCAGCCACGGUCACAUUGGAAAUGGCCAAGAGGAAGCCCUGUCUGGUCCUGACAGAUGUCCUGAAGACAGAGCAUGGCAAGACAUAUAUUGAAAGGAUAAAACAGAGUCAUACCAUGGGAAACGAAGGACAAAUGUCAAGUACGCGGAGGGAGAGUGGUCGGUGCAGAGAGGAACCUCUGGCCUGCAGAGAAAGGAGAUCCAGUCAGAGGGAGGUCAACAAUGAUAAGAGCAAGAGUUUAACCCCUAAUCACAACCAGAGGCCGAACUCUUCACCCACUCAAAGGUCAAGACUCAGGAGAAGGUUACAAAAUGAUGACGCCGAAGAUGACAAAGACGAAAACAAAGAUAUUGAGGAGGUGAUAAUAGGGAAGGACAAUGGAGCUGACUACAAAUUUGCUGAAGUUGUAGAUUGUGGGUUGUCAGUGAGCUGGAAACCUGCCAAGGAUACAGGAGGUUGUGAUGAGUUCACCCCAGCGAGCAUCAAGGACAGGUGGAUUGAUCCAGAAAAAGAACAGCAGCACAGUUUGAAGAGGAAAAGAAGGGAUACGGAGUCCCAGUGCAAUGGAACAGGCAGCCCCAAACGGCACCGUGAGAGUGUGCUUCGCCUCACUGGGGAAGAUGGAAGAGAUGGAGGACCGGUCCCUGCAAGUGUUUGUCUAGAAGAAAGUCGAGAGGACGUCGAUUUGGAGAGCCUGGACCGUAGCAUUGUACAAUUCACUGUGGGAGGAGAUGAUACAACAGCAAUUCUGGUCCCGAUCGUCAAUCCAAGUAUAGAGAGCCAGGACAGUCCAACCAAGAGCGGCCCCUCUGAACCAAUUGUGCUGUCCAGUGAUGAUGGUGGUGAUGAUGAUGAUGAUGAUGAUGAUGAUGAGAGCGGCGAUGUUCCUGUGAACCGCAGCCCAGCGGUCCAUAGAAAAGAAAACACAGUAAUACAGGGCAAAUCUUCAAAGAAAGCUGUGGUCAAGCAGCAAGAAGCUUCUGACGUACAGGAAAUGCAGGUGUUGCAUGUAGUUGGAGAAGAGCCUCCUGGUUCAGUGGCACUCUCUUCCACCCCCAGGGUAGACUACUCCUGCAUGGGCUUAGCCUUCUCUACCCUGUACUGUGGAAGUUACCGCGGGAAGGCCAAUGGAGACAUUUUGGUGGCAGACCAUGAAAUCAUCAUCCCACUGAAAGACACGAGGGAACAGGUGGAGGUGAUGUUAACCUUGAAGCGCAAAGAGCUGAGGAGGUACAGUGUUUGGGAGCAGCAGGAAAUGGAGAUGCGGGACCUUCACUUUAAGGUUGAUAAGGAUCCUUUCCCUGUCGCCAUCCUUCUGCUCUGCGUGUCAGAAACUGCUGCAGCUGCUGUACAGCGGGACCUCUGCAAACUGUGUUUCAAACAAGAUGGAACCACGAACCCUGGCAAGGCCAGUCCCUUCAUCCUGCUGACUCUGAGAGAUCCUCUAGAGGGAAUGGAGGGGGCUUUAUUGCGCUCCCUCCUCGACAUUGACUGUCUCAACAGUCUGACACAUGAACAGUCUGUUGUAACCCAUAGUGAAGACAGAUUCAAUUAUUGGGAAGCUAUCCACACUCCGGUUCUUUCUCUGGAUGAUAGCAUAGAGCUGAUUAAAAGAACUGGACUGGACUCACACCUGCUGUCUCUGCUGGGCCUGGAGAGCACUGACCCUGACCCUGACCUUAACACUGACCAGGGCAGUUCACAUUCUGACACAGACGAAAGCAACACACCAUACAACCAGCUGGAGGUUGAGCUGCAUAAAGAGACAGUCCAGGAGCUGGAGACAGCACCAGAGCAAGACACAGGGACAAAACUCAGACCAGAGGAGGAUAAGGAAGAACAAGAGCUUGAACAUCCCUCUGAGGAGAGAAAGAAGGAACCCUCCCCUGUAUACACACUGUGCCAUCGUAGAACCAAAGGAUCAUACUUUGUGUCCCUGUGUAAACCAGACUCAGCAUGGACUAAAUUUAAACACCAGGGUCUGCCCCGCAGGUUGAUCCAGUUUCCUCCUCCUCCACUAAAAGGAGGAAUAACUGUUACAAUGGAGGACCUGCAGUGCCUUGACAGUGGGCAGUUCCUCAACGAUGUUAUCAUCGAUUUUUACCUCAAAUACCUCCUCCAGAAUGUGUCUGCUGCUGUGGCCGAGCGCUCCCACGUCUUCAGCAGCUUCUUCUACAAGCAGCUGACGCGGAGGGACAACGCCAGCGAGGGUGGCACCAGUGACUCCUGUCAGAGGCAAAGGCGGCACCAACGGGUGAAGACAUGGACACGCCAUGUGGACAUCUUCCAAAAAGACUUCCUGUUUGUGCCUGUCAAUCAGGAGGCUCAUUGGUAUUUAGUUGUCAUUUGCUUUCCUGGGCUGAAUGAGCCAAAACUUGAGGCCUGGACUGGCCUAGACCCAAAGGCAGAAAAGAGCCAUGGUGGGACAGAUGAGUCACAGGAUCAAGAUGACUCUCAAGGAUCUAAAAGUCCCAAUGAUAACACAGAGACACCACCUACAUUAAACCACAGUGACAACGUCAACACAGAGACAGAAAAGGCUCAAGAAGAAUCCACCAAAGACCCACCACCUGUUCGAGUGAACUGCACUGAGAAGACCUUCCAGGAAAAGGCUGUUUGCAAGAGGCCGUGUAUUCUCAUCAUGGAUUCCCUCAAAAUUUCUCUUCACGAGCGAGUCUUCAAACUCUUACGGGAGUACUUGCAGUCGGAGUGGGAGGUCCGUCGUGGCUCAUCAAGGGACUUUGGUCCUGAUCAGAUGAAAAGCUCACAUUGCCAAGUUCCCCUUCAGGACAACAGCAGUGACUGUGGCCUUUAUCUGCUGCAAUAUGUUGAGAGUUUUUUGAAGGAUCCUGUGGUACACUUUGCCCUCCCCCUAAACCUACAACGAUGGUUCCCGCGGCAGAAGGUGCGGAGGAAACGAGACGAAAUCAGAGAUCUGGUACUUAACCUUUACCGGCAGCAGAAUCUGGAUAAUAACAGAUAGACACAGGAGCAGCUCUACUGCUCAGUGCGUCACAUUCCUGUAGCCGAUAUAAAUCACUGCUCAUACUGAGCAACGGACAUUUCAGCGUGAUCUGAAAAUAUUUCCUUUUAGAUUUUGUUGUUUUAUGCAUUGACUUGAACAAACCAUAUAAACCUUUGGCUGUCUGUGGAAGUGGAUAUGAAGGCAUCAGUUAAUUCAAACUAAACAAGUUAGCUGUCUAUUGAACUAGAAAUCCUUUUAAUAUUAAUUCCAUUAUUUCAAGACAAGCAAAUGUUUGUACACCCCAAGACUUUUUACGAUUGUUUUUAUGCUGCAAGACAUUUUAUGAAAUGAAUUAUUUGUAUUUAAUUUUCUAUGUAGAAUUAUAAGUCAAAGAAGAUAUUGUGUCUGUUUAACACUUAGUUUGCAAAAAGUAGUUUGUACAAGUCCAUUUCAGUUUCCCUGCUGAAUUUCAUUUUCAAAUGUUAUCCCACUGAAGCCUCAGGAACUGGAAUCUGCCCCAACAUGAAACGGCAAUUCCAUCAGUUUCCCCCUGUUGGAUACAUGGAACAACAGAGCAUCUCCUUCAGUCACUCAGUGCCUCAUUUACAGGCCUGUUAGCUUCCAUGUGCCAGACAGGACACCUGGCAGUGUGAACUAAGAUCAUUCACUCAUCUUCUCUUUGCAACGAAGCCAAACUCUGUAUGCCCUGCUCUGUAUUUAAGCUAAACUGAGAUCAUAUUGAGACACAGACACACCACCUUAAUUUGCAGACAUAGGCAGAACUACACUAAACCAGAAUAUCACACUAUUAGCAGCUAAUCAUUAUUUUCAUUAUACAUUAAUCCACCAAUUAUUAUAAAACGGUGAAAAAUACCAGUCACACUUUCCUAAAGCUCCAGGUGAUGUCGCCUUAUCACCCAUUUUGUUCUUAAUCUGCUCAAAAUCCAAAGAUAUGGAAGUUGCCAUCGCGCAAACGGAAGAAAAGAAGAUAAUCUCCACCAAUAACAAGCUGGAGCCAUGAAUAGAUCAUGAGAAUAGUUUUUAUGUAGAUCGACUAAUUGCUUGAUCAACAAAUAUAGACUAUUCUACUAAAGUGUUUGGAAAUGUUUUUGAUACUAACAAGACAUUGAAGUUCUUUUGUCUUUUUGUCUCUUCUGUUUGACCAAAUUUGACAAGUGAAUCCUUUGAAAUUUAGUGGCUGCUAUUGUGUAAAUGACUAAAGUAAUAGCUACAGUACACACUGUAGACUAAGAGGAAACAUUUUGGUACACAAUGUGGGAAGAGUGGUCAUCCAUCAUGCUGUCCAAAUCAUAGAAGGCUGUGUGUUGUGUUCACGCAAAAUACUUUAUUUUCACACUGUCAACUCUGGUUUCUUACAUACGGCAUAUAAGUUUUCUGAAUCUUCUUUUCAUACAAUUGCAAUUUGGAAAAAGUUAAGGGGUGCACAUACAUUGGCAUGUAACAGUUUGCUGUUUCAAGGUAAAAACUUACUUAAUUAAGACCUUUAAUGACCCUUAGAGAUGUUGCAGUCCAUCACUAUUAUUGCUUAAAUUCUCAACAGAGAUAAUAGUCUUGAUAGUCAAGAGUGUUUUUCCUUUAUGACGUCCUCGAUGCCAUGUUUCUUUUUUAGACAUCGUGAUGGAUGAAUGUACAGGAGCUGAUUCCAAAAUAUCUUUGGUUCCAAUGGUGUAUUAAAACUUCUAGACCAAACUA